CUUCUGCUAUUUCGACAAAUGUUCUAAGCCAAUAAGAUCAGAAAAAAUAUUGAUUCUUCGUUGAGGAGCAUAGUGAAACAAUUCGAUCCUAUCAAAUAUGGCAUAUGUCUUGUAGACAUAAGUGUAGUUUGUGUAUUUCUAGUCUACCAAAGAACAUUUAGAGAUAUUGAAUGGAUCUCAUUGACCGUGACAGACUGACUGACCUAUUUGUUCUUUGAAAUUAAGACGAAAAUUCAGUCAUUGAAUGUGAAUAUGUUACUAUCAAUUCAUAGAGUGGAACUCAUAUGUAUCUAAAAGUGAAUAAAUCAUGUGUCGUUACUUUCUCUUUGAACCCCGAUACUGUUGGAAAACCUUCUUUGUUCUACAGACAUGUAUAACUUUUGAUCGACAAAUAGUUGGUCUUGUUAGUUCCUGUGGAUCUAUUCGAUUUGACUAUGUUUCUUUGAAGAUCAUCAAGUUUGAGAGUACGGGUGUGUGAGGUGUUGUUCAUUAGACAGCCACACUCCACGUCCACACCCACAUCCUUCUCAUGCGUUUGCUUCAAUUAUAUUCAAAUGCAAGAGAUUCUAAAGAUGCAAUAAAUCGAUCAUUAAUUGCAUUAUAAUGUCCUUUAAUCGCACAAUCACCAAUAAACCAUAACUUAAUUGAUAUUCAAACACGUCUUCAUACUUUAUUUACAUUAGAUUUUCUUUAUCGUUUGAAUUUAAUUGCUCGUCAUAGGAAUAUUAUUGAUUUAGCUAGUCUUUAAACAUAUUUACAUUAUUUUGAACCAGCAAAUAUUUUGCCUGUCUAUCUGAUGGAUACUCGAUAUUUUCAUCUAGUUAAUGAUAGCAUUGAAAUUAUGACUACAUUUGCUUGUCUGUUUACUUAUAUGCUAUGGUAAGUGAAACGAAAAGUUUUACUAUUAAAUCUUAUAUCAAAUAUUUUAGGUUAAUUACACAUAAAGAAUAUGGAGAAUUAACUGCAAAACGUUGAGAAUAUAAAUAUAAUUCGAAAUUAUUUUUACCACCAGUUUCUAAAGAAUUUCGAAAACGUGUUGAUAUGUAUAAUUCAAUAGUCAUUCAUCAAUAUCUCCAUUUGCUAGUCUAUCUAGUCUGACGCAUGCAUUUUUUAUGUCAAAUUACAAUUCAACGAUUGGUUCGUGGGAUCUUGCUUAUAAUCUUGAUUUAUCAUCAAAAAUUGUUCCAUAUGUUGAUAUUGAUUGUCGUGAUCAUACAAAUACGACAUACCAUUUGAAUACUUAUGGAUUAGAUUUUUUUAAACAAGGUUCAGAAGCAUCAUUGAUUAAAGAAAAUGGAUUAAGUCGCACUGAAACGUAUGAUUUUCUAUUUAAUCUUCAUCUUGUACUUUCAUCUGUUAAAACAUCAUUAGAAGUGAUUAUUGAAAUUGAAAAUCAACAGACUACAAUUAAUGAUUUAGCAAUAUUUCUUCCAUUAUAUAAAUCAUUAUCGAACUUACAAAGCAUAUUUGCAAGAAAUUUUAAAAGAUAA